GACCUGAAACUUAUAACGGAUGUGUUUUCAUCUGCGUCAAAAUACAACGUCUGUGUGACCGCGAGGAACUCGCGUUGGGUGAAAUAAAAACGGAGCUAAAGUAGACUCUGACGUCUCCUAUGUUUACAGCGAUGGUUAGCUUCUAAUAUGGCGACGGUUGUGUGUCAACGCAGGGCUAAGGCAAUUUCAUGGAAGCGACUGGAAACGAAUAAACCCUUCCUAUGUUGUAGCAUCCUUUCAGCUGUUGUGUCGAAGUAAAAGGAACUCCUUAAUAUGAGUGAUGAUAAACCCUUCCAGUGCACUGCUCCUGGGUGUGGACAGAGAUUCACUAAUGAAGACCAUUUGGCUGUCCACAAACACAAACAUGAGAUGACCCUGAAGUUUGGCCCAGCAAGAAAUGACAAUCUCAUCAUUGCAGACCAAACUCCUACACCCACCCGCUUUUUGAAGAACUGUGAGGAAGUCGGGCUCUUUAAUGAACUUGCAAGUCCUUUUGAUCAUGACUUCAAAAAGGCAACGGAAGAUGACAUCAAAAAGUUACCCCUGGAUUUGUCCCCUCUUGCUACACCCAUCAUACGCAACAAAAUGGAGGAACCCACAGUUAUAGACGCACAUAGAGACAGCCCCCUGCCUCAUCCUGAAUCCACUACAAGUGAUGAUAAGGACUUAUCUUUGCAGCCAGCCUCACUGCCAACAUCCACUAUAGUCCAUCCUGCAUCCCUUCAAGUUCCCAAUGUACUUCUAGCAACCACAGAGGCUAAUGUUGUAAUACAGCCAGCUCUCCCAUCGCCAACAUCUAGCUCUGUUAUUACUCAAGUCCCCUCCACUAAUAGGCCUAUAGUCCCAGUGACUGGCACCUUCCCCGUGCUUUUACAGCUGCCAAAUGGCCAGACCAUGCCAGUUGCAAUACCUGCGUCUAUUACAAGCUCAAGUGUACAUAUUCCAACUACAAUCCCUCUUGUCAGACCUGUCACCGUAGUGCCUGCCAUCCCUGGAAUCCCUGGACCCGCCUCGCCACAACCUCAACCCGUCCAAUCAGAAGCAAAGCUGAAUCUGAAAGCCACACUAAGCCAGCAGCUUCCUCAGGUAACCAAUGGAGACGGCGGCGAGGUCCAGAGCAGUGCUGUAACCCACACUGUUAAUCCCGCUUCCCCUGCUCCGACCCCGACCCCACCUCCAGCCCCGGCUGCGAUCCUAACUCCGGCUCCUCAACUGCCUACAACAGAGGAAGCCUCCAUGCGUUCCCUUCAGCAGCCAGCCACCUCCACCACAGAAACACCCGCUUCCCCUGCUCCCCCUGCACCAAACCCUCCAGCCACAGGGGGCAGGCGCCGCAGGACCACAAGCGAAGACCCCGACGAGAAGCGCCGCAAGUUCCUGGAGCGUAACAGAGCCGCAGCUUCUCGCUGUCGGCAAAAGAGGAAAGUGUGGGUCCAGUCUUUGGAAAAGAAGGCCGAGGACCUCGGCUCCAUGAAUACACAACUACAGAACGAAGUCACCCUGCUGAGAAACGAAGUGGCUCAGCUGAAGCAGCUUCUUCUGGCUCAUAAAGAUUGCCCUGUAACCGUCAUGCAGAAGAAGUCUGGCUAUCACAUCUCUGACAAAGACGAAAGCUGCGAGGAAAUGUCCGUCCCCAGCAGCCCUCAGAACGAGGCCAUCCAGCACAGCUCCAUCAGCACCUCCAACGGGGUCAGCUCCUCUUCCUCCUCGACGACCCUGGCCGUCUCCGCCCCACCCAGCGCCGCUUCGGGCACAAUAAAGCAGAGCACAGAGGAGAGCCAGCCGCGGAGGGCCAGCACCCGGUCCCAGCCUUCAGGGAGCUGAUCGUCCCAAACUGUACCUGAGCAUCUUACACUGGAGUGCUGUUGGCUCACACAUCUUCUUCUGACAAACAGAGGAAAGGGAUUCUCUCUCAGCUUCACUUACGGACAAUACAGUUUUUAAUUCAUUCUUGAUUGUUUGGGUCAAUGUUUGGUCAAUUUUGUACUUGAUAGGCUCUGCUUUUAAAAAUGCAAUGUUUUCUCUUUACAAAAGAAAAGCACUUUAGGUGUAACAUGUAUAUAAUGUGGCUUUUACCUGUUUUUUAUAUUUAUGUUCACUUAUUAAUUGCUCUUACAGCAGGGGAAAAAAAGCAAUUUAAUGCAUUAACAUUUUCUCAACUAUUAUAUUUCUGAUGGGGUUGUUGAGAUGCAAUGCUCUACCGGAUAUUGGUCCCAACCCAACCGAUCCACACAUAACAAAUAUUUAACACAGAUUAGUUCAUAGGUUAUGUGAAAUAAAGUGGAAAGACACAAAAAAUUGAGUUUGCUGAGUGAAAUGUAUUUAAUACUUAGUAGAGUAGCCUCUUUGGUAAUGACGGCUUCAAGACAUCUCAUUGCCCAGGUGGGAUUGUUACCCUUUUUUUUUUUUUUCACAGAAACUGUCUUCAAAUCUUGAAUGCUUUGGGCUAGUCCUCUGAUCUUCCAAACUUCACUUCUGAUGUGGUGUUUGGGAGGUGACGUGCAGGGCCAUUUCCCCUCAGAACAUGUGUGCAAAAUCAUCCAAAGAGUUCAUUUUAGUCUCAUCUAAACUGACUAUAUUCUUCCAGUAUUUCAUUAACUUGUUCAAAUGUUCUGCAGUACAUUUUAAGUGAGCUCCAGAAUGCUUUUUCUUUAGCUGUAGAGUCUUACGCAGUGAGUGUGCGUACAGACUCUUGCAGUUGAGUAGAUUAUUUUUGUUUUUGGGGAAAAAAGUGGACUGUAUAAUCUAUUUUGAAGCUCUCUUAGUGGUUUUUGUACAGCUCUGUCAGAAAUCUUGUAUGGAGCUCCUGAUUGGGGCUUGUUUGUGAUGAAAUGAUGCUGCUUCCAGAUCCUGGCCUCAACUGUGUCCUCUGGAACAAUUAGAAGUUUAGAAAUACUACUCAAAUCAAUCGAGCGCCGAAGUACAAAACCUCAAAUCAGGAAAAUGAUGGUUCUUUUGUUUCAACAUGUUCCCCAUCUAACCUGAUUUGAGUUCUUUACAGGCACAGUUCUUUUCUGUCACAACAAAGACAGAUAGAAGAUUUUGUGCAGUUUGUUUUGUAGCAAUAAGGUUACAAAGGUCUUGAGAGGACCCUUAGAUUUUUACAAUCACGAGAUAUUUAUUCUGUGAUACCUUGGUUGUGGGUCAUAGGCCAUCAAUUAGGACUAAACCUGCUGUUAUUAAUUACUACUUAAAUGGAGGAUUGCUUUCUAAAUACUGAUAGAUUUCAGCUGUUUUCUUGGCUUUCUAUUGCUUUUUGCAAGUCUUUGUUCAAUAAUCAUUCACUGUCAUUGGACCUUGUUACUCAUAACCUAAUAUAUGGAGUUAAUUGUUCUGAUUUCGCUCUAUACAUGGAUUAUUUUGGUUCUCUGACCUAUGGUGUGAAUUUCAUGUCAAUACCCCCAUUUGAAAACUGCUUACUGAGGAAAACACUUGUUUUACCUGCUGUAUGUAUUUUUUAUUUGAAAGCAUUCAGUCAGUCCGCCAAUACGUUUUCUGGCUCAUUUGUUUUAAUUAAUGUACAAUUACUUUAAAGUUUUAUUUCUAUUUUUUGACCUUUUGCACAUAUUUGAGAGAUGACAGGUUUACUUUUCAGGAGUUUGUUGAUCACUGGCAGCUUUUUAGAAGUAGAUUUUUUAAUGCCGACACAAACAUUACAUAGCUAAAUUUGGCUGAGAUCAGCUGUAGUGGCAUAGUGCAAGUCUGAAUGUUUGAGCUCACCUCUGCAUGUAAACUAGUCUGAUGGAGGUGAGCUGCUUAUAUCUGUGUGUUUUCUCAUUAACAUUCCAUCUGUAGUCCAUUUGAUUGUCCCUGAAGCAGUGAUUGUAGGAUUGCAGUACCUCUUUUUUUUUUUUUUUUUCCAUUCCUCAGUCCGUGGUGAUGUUGACCUUAUUCAGUGCCAUUAAUGUUUUUUGCAUAAAUACCUUCUGUACAUUUGUUAUGCAAAUUAAACUCUGGUUGAUUGUUGUUCUCCCAGAUUUAAAGGGUCCCAUGAACAUGUUUGCUCUGUAGAGAUUUUCCUGCUUUGUAAACUGUGCUUUGCAAGUGAGUCUUUAUGGCUUUAGCAACACGAAACACUUCAGAACUUUAAGCUUUCCAUGAACAAGAACAUUUUUAGGAAACAUUGUAAAACAAAAACAUCAACAAUGCAUCAUUCUUGAUAUUUGAUUUUAUAGGACUGUACGGCUUUAGUAACUUGUCUCCAUUAGCUGUUAAAACUCUUUAGGCUGCACCUCUUGUUGACACAAUAGGGUUGUCGUGUAAAAAUGAAUGUCAUUCAGAUGUGGACAGGAAUCACAUCAACUACUCUAGUUACACUACAGAUAAUGCGCCUGAAGAAUUGUGAUCAAUAAGGAACUUUAAUAAACAAAUUUCAACUUUAAAAGUCAGUUUGCCUUUUCCCUCUUAGUCUGUACUGGCUUACUACUGUGUAGUUUUAUAAAUGGCUAACACAUUGUUUUCUUAAAAUGUGGUUUUUAAGGUUUUAUUGUUAUGUGCUAUCUGCAUGAGAUAUCAAUUCUCUGCGAGAAUUUUACUGUUUAUUUAUGUCUUAAUUAAGAAAACAAUGUAAAACAAGUUUUUACAACUUGACUUGUGAAGGCUUCUGUGAUUUUUGUUUAGUUUUUUUGGGGUCCCCCCUUCCCCAGGGCUUAACGGCUACAAAUGGGGUGUGAUACUGUGUUGACAAUGUAAUUGUAAUGUGAAAGUUCUGUAAAAAAGUUUGAAAUGAUAAGUUGUGGUAAUAAACCUUUUAAUAACUCUUUAA